AUGGAGACGUUCGAGACUUCCUCUCAGGAAGCUCUUUCAGAGCACCAUGAAGCGAACUUGCCACCAGUGGAUGGAGGGAGAAGAGCAUGGCUUUUCCUUGCAGCUUGUUUCGUGAUUGAAGCUUUGAUUUGGGGUUUCACUUUUUCUUUUGGCAUUUUCCAAGAUUAUUACAGUACACAUGAGCCAUUCAAGAGCUCAGGUGAUAUUGCCAUUGUUGGUACAUGUGCAAUGGGUAUUUCCUACAUGUUACUGCCUGUGGCAUUCAUCCUGCUACAAGUAAUGCCCCGCCUCAAGCUAUGGGCUGGCCCAAUAGGAUUUGUCAUUAUGUGUCUAGCUCUUUCUUUGAGCUCCUUCGCAACAAAUACCACCCACCUUAUUGCUUCCCAGGGUGUUGCGUACGGUAUCGGUGCAAGCCUUGCAUAUGCACCGACAAUCAUCUUCAUGGAUGAAUGGUUUGUGCGUCGGAAAGGACUGGCUUUCGGAAUUAUGUGGGCUGGAACCGGUCUUUCGGGUGUCAUCCUUCCCAUCGUUCUUCAAUGGAUGCUGGAUACAUUCGGACAUAAAACGGCUCUACGUGCAUGGUCUAUCAUUUUGUUACUUGUCGGCGGACCACUCCUCGCAUUCCUUCGACCUCGACUGCCCAUUUCACGUGCUUCGCAGCCCCGGCCAUUGGACUUCAGGUUCCUUUGGGAUACGACCUUCCUGAUUUAUGAAUCUGGGAACAUCAUGGAGGCUAUGGGAUAUUUCCUUCCGACUAUUUAUUUACCUACGUAUGCCAAAAGUCUUGGUGCCAGUGGUAUCGAGUCUACGCUUACUGUUAUGGUCUUUAAUCUUGCCUCUGUUUUUGGGUGUGUGAUUAUGGGCUCCUUGGUUGAUCGGUACCAUGCUACUACCUGCAUCUUGGCUUCAACAGUUGGUAGUACUGUUGCUGUAUUUCUGAUCUGGGGGUUGGCUGACAGUUUGGCGCCACUGUACAUUUUCUGUAUCUUUUACGGAUUGUUUGCUGGGUCGUUCACUUCUACUUGGCCGGCAGUUGUCAACGAGGUCACGAAGAGGAGUAUUUAUACUGACCCUAGUCUUAUCUUUGGACUUCUGUCAACUGGGAGAGGCAUUGGGAAUAUUGUUAGUGGGCCUCUUAGUGGAGCUCUACUUGACCAACAUGCUUGGGAUGGUGUUGCUGCGAAGGCAUAUGGUACUGGUUAUGGGCCUUUGAUUGUCUUUACUGGUGUUUCUGCUUUUCUGGGUGGCAUUGGUGUUGUUGCAAGACUGGCAGUGCGCUCGUGA